AUGGACAAAGAGUGGACUAAAUUGCCGUGGUUUAGUCAAGAGUACAUCAACGGUGUUACUCGAUUUUUAGACUUUGCCUUCGCUAAUGGAAGACCUCAAGGAGGUGAACUUCUAUGCCCUUGUGCUAAGUGUAAAAAUAUAUAUUGGAAAACAAGGGAUAUUAUUAAGGAUCACCUAAUAGCCAAAGGUUUUCUAGACGGUUAUGACGUUUGGUUGCACCAUGGGGAGAAACUACAAAGGUCUAUGGAAAUUGGUGAUGGGAUGGAAGAUCAAGAGGGAUCACAUGCUGACAUUCCUGGCUUAUUGCAUGAUAUAUAUGGAGAUAGGGCAGAAGCACACGGAGUUCAUGAAGGUCCCAAUGACGAGGCUAGAACGUUUUAUAAUUUGAUUAAAGAGGCGGAACAAGAACUGUACCCUGGAUGCAAAGACUUCUCUUCGCUAUCAUUCACGAUUCGACUCUACUUGUUGAAAUGUCUCCAAGGCUGGAGCAAUACGUCAUUCACUGCCCUAUUAGAAUUAUUGAAAGAAGCAAUGCCUGAUUUGAACAUUCCGGAAUCAUUUUACAAGACAAAAGCCAUGAUAAGUGGUUUAGGCCUUGAUUAUAAGAAGAUAGAUGCAUGCCCAAACAAUUGCAUGCUAUUUUGGAAGGAGCAUGAAAAGGACAAUUCUUGCACUAUUUGUGAAGCUUCACGGUGGAAACAAAAUGCUGCAACUGAAGGAUGCGAGUCUGAGCAACCAAAAAAUGACUGUAGAGUUCCUGCAACAGUUUUGAGGCACUUUCCGUUGAUUCCUAGACUACAAAGGUUAUUCAUGUGUUCAAAGACAGCUGAGUCAAUGAGAUGGCAUGAAGAAGAGCGCUCAAAGGAUGGAAAAUUGAGGCAUCCUGCUGAUGGUAAAGCGUGGAAGGACUUUGAUGAGCUCCAUCUAGAUUUUUCUAGUGAGUCCCGCAAUGUAAGACUUGGCUUAACGAGUGAUGGGUUUAAUCCAUUUAGGACCAUGAGCUUAUCUCAUAGUACAUGGCCUGUCUUGAUGAUGGUAUACAACACACCACCUUGGCUGUCCAUGAAACCUGAAUAUACAAUGUUGUCAUUGUUGAUUCCUGAACCAAAAUCUCCAGGCAACGAUAUCGAUGUUUACCUCCAACCACUGAUAGAGGAGCUAAAGGAGUUAUGGGAAUCCGGCAUAGAGACAUAUGAUUCUUCAAUGAAUCAAACUUUUCAAAUGCGUGCAUCUCUUUUGUGGACAAUUAGUGACUACCCUGCUUAUGCUAUGUUGUCGGGAUGGGGCACCAAAGGAAAAUUGGCGUGUGCCUGUUGUAAAUCUAACACUAAUUCGUUAUACCUCAAACACAGUCAUAAGAUGUGUUAUAUGGACCACCGUACCUUUUUACCAAGAACUCAUUCUUGGAGAGACGAUGUCAAAUCAUUUAACGGAGAAGAAGAACAUAGGACUGCACCAUCCAUUAUUGUUGGAACUCUUUUGGACAUCCUGGGGAAGACAAAAGAUCAUAUUAAAGCCCGUUAUGAUUUGCAAGAAAUGGGAAUUAGAGAAAGACUUCAUCCAAGGGAGAUUGGUGGAGGACGUUCAGAGUUUGCAAAAGCAUGUUUCUCAAUGACUCCGCACGAGAAGUCAAUUUUUUGUGGAGUUAUAAAGGCUGCCAAGUUACCAGAUGGAACUGCAUCAAAUAUUUCAAAAUGUGUACAAGUUGUAAGAAGCACAAUGCCCAAGGAGGUGGUAACCCCACUAAUUCGUCUUGGUUCCUUUUUCCGCUCUCUAUGUCAGAAAGUUAUACAAGUGGAAGAUUUAGAUUACCUAGAAGAUGAGAUUGCAGAGAUACUUUGUCAGUUGGAGAUGAUAUUUCCUCCAAGUUUCUUUGACAUAAUCGUUCACUUGCCUAUUCACCUGGUAAAUGAAGUUAGAUUGGGUGGUCAUGUUCAAUUUCGAUGGAUGUAUCCCACCGAAAGAUACUUGUGUAAACUUAAGAACUAUGUCCGCAAUAGAGCUUAUCCUGAAGGUUCUAUUGCCGAGGGGUAUCUGGCUGAAGAAGCUAUAACAUUUUGCUCAAGGUAUUUGCAUAGCAAUGUAGAUACAAGGUUGAAUAGGAAGAGUCGGAAUUAUGAUGUUACCGAUUCACUUGAAACAGAUCCAGAUGAUUACUUUACAACUGUCGGUCGUCCUUUAGGGGGGACAGGUGAACCCUUUCAUCUUGAUGUGAAAUCAAAGGAUGAUGCCCAUCGAUACAUCUUAUUCAAUUGCAAUGAAGUUCAAAUUUACAUCAGUGAGCAUGAUCAAAGUAAUGAUGAUGUGCCAUUACAACUUGAAAAACUUUCUAGAGGUCCUAAUUUUGUUGCAAAGAGGUAUCCAGGUUACGCCAUUAAUGGAUAUAGGUUCCAUACUAGGAAACGAGAUACAAAUCGCAAAACUCAAAAUUCUGGCGUAACUUUAGUUUCACUAACUUCAAGUUUUGCUAGCUCCAAGGAUGGAAAUCCUAGGACAGAACCCAUCACAUAUUAUGGAGCCAUUGUUGAUAUAAUUGAGUUAUACUACUAUGGAAAUUUCAACUUUGUUUUGUUUAAGUGCGAUUGGUUUGAGGUUGAAAAAGACAAAUACGGACUUACUUGUGUGCGUUUCAAUAAGAAAAUUUAUCAGAAUGAUCCGUUUGUGCUACCUUCUCAAGUUCAUCAAUGUUACUAUGUCCAAGACCCUUUUGAUCCAAACCGGCAUUAUGCUCUGCAAACAGUUCCACGAGAUUUCUUUAACAUUGCUGACCCGUCAAACUUACAAGCUGAAACACCUUCUAGUGGAGAAAAUAGUGAUGGUGAUGGUGAAUUAAAUUGGGUUAGGGAAGACAUACCUGCAACAAUAGCUUAA